AUUCCAAAUGUCUGGAAAUAGGGUUGAUAGAGCGCUAAGGAGCGCAAAAGAAUCAUGUGCAAAAAAGAAAAAGAGUGCAUAGAAACCGAUAACCGCGUAUCUCCUCGUGUGUCCCUGCAUCCGAGGUCGCCCGGUGGAAGACGCCAGCGAUCGGGUUCCCCCGUGACCCCCCGCAAGUCAAUCAGCAGCCCGAGGCGCUGUCGUGUAUGACAGAAGAUGUGAAAGUAUUUGAGGUAUAUCUUCCGCAAAGCACUACUCGUGACAGAAAAUCCAAGAUGGUUGAGGUCAAAGUUCACAACAGAGCCUGGGAUUUGAUUGCCAUGGUUACGGCUUUUCCACUCGUGUGUGUUUUGUAACAAUAAGCACCGAAAGUGUGCGUGCGGGGAGGGACGGAGAGCGAUGAUGUCAUCGGUUUUGCUGGCUGCCAUUGAGAGCGCCGGUGGCCGCGGCCUCCCUCCUCUUCGCACUGUCCGUCCGUCAUCACGUCAUCUCGCCCGCUUAUGCUUCCGGUGAGAUGGUGAUGCGAACCGAAGCACCUUUUGUUGAUCGUGGAUUAUGAUCUGCCGGCAGCGUAGCGAAGCUGCUCCUGCCGAGAAACGACGACGACGAGGAGGAGGAGGAGGCGCGCAGAAGGGUGUCGACGGCGAGAGCAGGAGGAGGAGGCGGAGGAGGAGGAGGAGGAGAGGAGGAGGAGGAGAAGCUCCCGAGGCGGGGGGGAGAAAUAUUCCACGAGUGUCAUUGGAAACUCGUAAGAAUGGCUGCUAAAUCGGACGGGGUCCUGAAAACGAAGAAGAGCGACGUGGCCUUCACCCCCCUGCAGAACUCGGAGCACUGCGGCUCGGCGCAAGGGCUGCACCCGGGCUGCCGGCCCGACUCCGCGUGCACCGGGGACGGGGACGGGGACGGGGACUUCGCGAACGGAGAUUCGCGAUGCUGCGCCAAGUCGGCGCGCGUCCGCUCGGGCGACGAGCCGCAGAAGUACUCGGUGUGGGACUGCCUGUGGAUCGUCGCCGCGGUGGCCGUGUACGCGGCCGACGUGGGCACCGACGUGUGGCUGUCAGUCGACUACUACCUGCACCGGGACUACUGGUGGUUCGGCCUGACGCUCGUCUUCGUCGUGCUGGGCUCCUUCUCGGUGCAGCUCUUCAGCUUCCGCUGGUUCGUUCACGACUUGGGCGCGGAAUCGGCCGCGGACGCCAAGAAGCUGCUGAGCGGCUCGGCCUCGCACGGCGACGUGAACGCUCAGCAUCCCCCGACCGCCGCGAUGGGCAGCCGCGCUCGGAAACGCUCGGCCUCCUCCUCCUCCUCCUCCUCCUCCGCCUCCGCCUCCUCCUCCUUCUCCUUCUGCAUGUGCUUCUGCCAGUCCCUCAUCCACAUCCUCCAGCUGGGCCAGAUAUGGAGGUACCUCCACACGAUUUAUCUGGGCAUUCGGAGUCGUCGGAGCGCUGAGAAGGACCGGUGGCGUUACCGCUGGAGGAUGAUCUAUGAGUUUGCAGACGUCAGCAUGCUGCAUCUGCUGGCCACCUUUCUCGAGAGCGCGCCACAGUUGGUGCUGCAAUUGUGCAUCAUCAUACAGACGCACAAACUUCAGGCUGUGCAAGGUAUGACGGCGGCAGCCUCCCUCAUCUCCUUGGCCUGGGCCCUGGCCUCCUAUCAGAAGGCCCUGCGGGAGUCUCGGGAUGAUAAGAAACCCAUCACCUACCUAGCUGUUAUCAUUCAAUUCUGCUGGCACUUCUUCACUAUCGCAGCGAGGGUCAUCACCUUUGCCCUGUUUGCAUCUGUGUUCCAACUCUACUUCGGCAUCUUCAUCGUGCUCCACUGGUGCAUCAUGACCUUUUGGAUCGUCCACUGUGAGACGGACUUCUGCAUCAGCAAGUGGGAAGAAAUUGUGUUCGACAUGGUGGUGGGCAUUAUUUACAUCUUUUCCUGGUUCAACGUGAAGGAGGGACAGACAAGGUGUCGUCUUUUGAUCUACUACCUGCUAAUACUGGUGGAGAAUGCGGCUCUCAGCGCGUUGUGGUAUAUCUACCGCUCGCCUCACCCCACCGACUCGUUUGCUGUGCCAGCGCUCUGCGUCAUCUUCAGUAGCUUCCUCACAGGGCUGGUUUUCUUGCUCAUGUACUAUGCUUUUUUCCAUCCUAACGGGCCACGCUUUGGACACUCGCCAAGCUGCCAGCGCCUCGACCCGGACGCCGCCGCUCAAUUCUCAACGCUGCCGUCCGAGGUCGGCGGCAAUUCUCUGCGGUCCAACCGGGGAGCCGCGACAACACUGGAACGCGACGCUGCGAAAUACAUAGAAAGGGACGGCUGCGUGCCGGUGUUUCAGGUGCGACCCGCCGCGCCAUCCACGCCGUCGUCUCGUGCGCCGCGUCUCCAUGGGACCGUCGUCAAGAUCGAUCUUUGUAGGAACCGCUACCCGGCCUGGGAGCGCCACGUCCUGGACCGUAGUAUACGCAAGGCCAUUUUGGCCAUAGACUGCUCCCCGACUCCUCCGCGGCUGCAGUAUAAAGAUGACGCCCUGGUGCAAGAAAGAUUGGAGUAUGAGACGACAUUAUAGCGCUCUCGUCGCGCCGCUCAGCAGCCACAAUCGGCAAUAAUGUGACCACCACUUUCAGCUUUCCCCCUCCUUUCUUUGCUAAUGCAGUGACCUUCCAAGGAGAAUUUUGCCAAGGAGGUGAAGCUCAUUCGCUGUCUGUCUCCUGAGGUUCCUACGCUUUGCUUUUUUGUUUUUGUUAUCAUUUUUUUUACUUCGGCUCAUCGGGCGGGGAAAGCCUGUGCGCUAUCGGAAAAAACUUCGAAACUCAAACCCCCCCGAGAGGCCGAGGCACUGUUUUGUUCCAGGCGGGUCGGGUUGGGUUAUCAAGCGCAAAUCCAUAAGGAUGUCCGUGUCGUCCCAUGGUCACGAGAUAAAAAAUGACACUUCCAUCCCUGAUCAGAAUAAUAAACGAGAAAGUCCUGUUUGUCUUACCGUUCGAGAGUUGUGUUGACCUGACGCUGUGUACAUCUCACUUCAAUUUGACAACACUAUCUGCUCCCUUUCCUCGUGCCAAAACCUUUCCUUGGAAAAUAUUGAGGAAGCGGAGCGCCUUAGGGAUGGGACGGUAGUCUCUCCACAAGCGCAAGACUUUUCAUCAUCCUAGAUCAUUCCGGUCCUCACUGGGAGAAAGAAGGUCAACUACUUGGAGAGUAGCGUUUAUUCUCAGUUGUCAAACCUGGAUGGGGAAAAAGGGUAGAGCGCAAAGUUGGACACUCAAAUCCACAGCCUUGAUUUCUUUCCAACUCACCGAAUGCCAUCAAAGAAGAAAGCUACCUAAAAGAAGCAGCGCAGCAUCCUGCGCCCGGCUGGGCUGAAGUUCCACCUGUUGAUGGAGUGAAGGGGAGCAGGUGAAAUGAGGACUGCGCCAGAUGGCAUUGGAAAGGAAAUGACACGUGCGAAGAAUGUAAAAGAAAGAGGAAGAGAGAGAGAGCGCUCCGACACCAAAUCCAAGCCACCGAGGAUUUACAACGUGGCAUUUUCUUACUUUUUCAGAUCAGUAGCCCACUACUGAAGUCAUUGGGAUUCUUCUUCUUCUUCUUCUGUGUGUGUGUGUGCGGUCUAGUGCAAAAGUCUUGGGUCACCAUUAAAGAUGUUGUUUUGACAAUUCUAAUAGGCCGUAGUACACUACAAUGUUGGUCAGUAAAGCGCAGACCUCAACCAAGGCCAAACUGUCGACACAAAGGACCCUCGUGACUUCAUAUCUGCACUUUGAUCAGUUUCGCCACCCAAACUCAACAGGUUCUUCCUCGGUCCGCGCAAAAGCGCUUUACGUUGCUUGGCUAUUUUGGGGCAAUCCUGCUCAGAAUGACAACGAGCAUGAGAACAAUGAAGCUCAAGGUGGCCUAAGAUUUUGCGCAAUGCCGUGUGUACGUGUGUGUGCGCGCGCUCGCGCGCAUAUGAAUGUGUGGCGUAUGGAUAUAUAGCGUGUGCAAAUACGUAUUCCUGUAUUCCGAUAUGUACAUUCGUCAUAACUCGCCACUGCCCCUUGUGGUAUUGAAUGGGAUUCCGCGACGGGGAGACGGUAGCCCACAAAUGUCCGCCGCAUUCUCAGACGCACGACCGCAAUCCACUUGAGCAGGCUGUCGAAAUAGUUUGACCUUAAAACAAAUAUAUAUCUUUCAGGGAAUGCUGGGAUGUUAAAGCAAGCACAUUAUCACACAAUGUGGUGUCAUUUUGUCAAAUCCACCGCUUACACAAAUUCGCAUCCAGGGUUAUUUUGGUUUUUGUUUUUGUUUAAAUGGUUUGUAAUGUGCAGUGGAUUUUUCCAAGGCAAUUGCGUAAUCCGAAUGAUACUGUUGAUCUAUGAAGCCAAUCCUGGACUUCAAUAUGUGCGCUCGGUGAAAAAAAAGAAAUGAUUUAUAUCCCCUGAAAAAGACGAGGAAGGCUGUAUUUUUGAUUUUCAUUUUACCGGCUAAUAAUGCCAAUUGACGGCGGCCGGCCGACCGGUUAGCACAUCCGCCUCACAGCUCUGAGGACUCGGGUUCAAACCCGGCAUGUUUGCAUGUUGUCGCCGUGCCCGCGUGGCUUUUCUCCGGGAAAUGAAUGACCGAAUAAUGCCAAUUGCAUUUUUCUUUCUGACAUGUUCUCUUGGUGCUACCAUUUUGGGUUUGACAAUUCUGAGAUGUUCCGAGGAAUUGACUUCGUAUCAUUUGAAUCUUUGAAGAUUUACAACCUCUUGAACAAACGAGCGUGUGGAAACAAAUUUGAUUUGCUUUUUCCACAGUCGACUCGUGUGUCUUUUUGCGUGUGAACCGCAGUGUUGGGGUCUACCGAGGAGGGGGACGGACUCAUUUUUGUUCAUUUGAGCUUUUGUUUGAGUUGGUUAAAAUAAACAAAUGGUGCUAAAGAGAUUAGACACAGACGAAAGUGAAUGAACACAGGAUUCCAGAUGGCACAAGCGUUCCUUUUCACUUCAGAAGCUCCGAUUCAGCUCCUUUUUUUGGGGGGGGGGGGGGGGGGGAGUUGCUUUGAUCAUGUAACGUUAAACUAACACGCAAUUAGGAGAAUAGUGUGUGUCAUCAUCACGGCGACCCCAGAUUGCCCAGUUCAGUGUUGUGUCAUAUUUUUGGUUCACCUUUAGCGUGGGUAAAAAUAAGGUUUUUGUUAAUAGAGUGAGUGAGUGAUUUCAAUCAUUGACAUCCAUCUUCCAUUCCCUCUCUGUGGUGUCCUGAUGUCCUUUAAAAAGUUGGAGACUCAAGUCGCACAACAGCAACCGUAAUUAAAAAGACGCGGCAAUGUGAAUAGGGACAAGACAAAAUGGAAUCCUAUCGGAAUAUAUUAUCCUUUCCCCUGUCUCUCUCGUGUUCAAAUAUACUCAAAACAGCCAGCGUAGCUACGACUGCGCCACGCUAAUCUAACAAAAGAGCUGUCUUGCCUUGAAAAGAUGAUGUUGAGUUUUGAUCGUGUCAGGGGGGCAACGCGUGUGCGUGAUUGCAGAGGUAGAAUCCGCGAUCGUCCGUUUUCGACAGCGCUUGUCCUCAAUACUUUUCCAUGACGUGAUCGCUAAUUGUUUGUCCGCCAUAUUGGCGGUCGGGAUCCGGAGGAGGAGAAACAGCAGCUUGAAACAGAAAGACGAGUAGACCAGACUAGACGUGUUCGUUUUUGUUUGCUGGUUCUUUUGGGUGAAACCCAAAUCGGUUGAUGAUAGCUGUGUUGUCAUUUUUUUUCCAGUCUCCGUGGAUGUGCUAAAAUGAGUUGCCAGCAUAUAGAGAAACUCUUCAUACAGUGGCAAAGACGUGACAAGAUGACAAAGUGGCCAUCUUACAAAAUUCCAACAGCUGUCAUCACGAACACAAGCGGAAAUACAACAGAGCCCCCUAGUUUUUCCCCCUUCUUUUGCUGAAAAGCCCACGGAUGAUGAUCAAUGAUCACCCAAAGAAAUCAACUAAAUAGCAGUCAUACACACGAGAUUUGAGGUGGACGAGAGCGUCUCGCCAGAAUGAUCUCGUCAUCUUCUGGGAUCUAUCGUCCUUUAUCUGUAUCUCUGUUUUCUAAUAAGACAUCGGCUAUCAAAUGGAUCUACAGUAUUCAAACGCUCGAUAAACACUGAAAGAAAACAAUGCGUCCACCUCCUCGAUGGCUGAUGUCAUAACAAAGCCAUCUGUAGGGCCACAGCUAACUGGAGCCCCUAUCCACUGACGAGGCAAGAGGCACGGUAUACCUUGCCUCAUCACAUGACGUAGUUUCAUUCGGUUAGUCCAGAGGGAGGAGUUCACAGCCUAAAAUGAUUCUUACAAUGAACAGAUGUUGCAUUGAAGUCAAUAUUAUAUUUAUAUUUGCUGGAUGGCUAUAUUUUAGGGACGACCGGUUAGCACAUCUGCCUCGCGGUUCUGGGGACCGGGGUUCAAAUCCCGCAUGCUCUCCCCGUGCCUGCGUGGCUUUUCUCCGGGCGCUCCGGUUUCCUCCCACAUCCCAAAAACAUGCACGCUAGGUUCAUUGAAGACGCUAAAUUGCCCGCUAAAUUGGUGUGAAUGGGAGUGCGAAUGCUAACUUCAAGAUAAUGACGCAUACGGCACAUUGAUGAAAAACAAUUCCGCAGCAGCUGCAGCAUGAUUAUCCUGUCUUGACACAGCAGUAGGCCUGCCGUCUCUCGGCCCGUCCUUUCCAAACCAUCGCGGAGGUCAACGACUGGCUUAGUUCGGACGGGCGCAUUGAAACGUGUGCGGCGACAUCGACUUGAGCUCAUUUAGCGCGCAGUAAAGGGAAUAAUGCUGGAAAUCAGGCUCUUUGUGCUGCCACAUGCUCGUAUGAUCGUCCUGUACAAAUGUCUGCGUAGACAGGCGGAUGAUACCGCGUGUGAUUAAUGUGGGAAAUGAUGAAUUUAGAAGUGUAAAUAAACAUAUGCAAAGUGUACGUGUUUAAGAAUAGAACAUUCCGCUCUUGAUUUCUGACUGUGACGGGUGUCUUUUGAGGUUGGAUGCCAAUAGGAUGGCUGUAACUAUGACAAUAUACAGUACUUCAGAGAAUAAAACAAUACAUGUGGUGUAUGUGGUGUGUCUUAAAAAAAAAAAAAAAAAAGAUCCAAAUGUUUAUGAAAAAACGGUAAGUUGCAUUGUGUGAUUAAAGUCUGAAGUGCUACAAUGUGGAGAAACAAUGUGUUCAAUGGAUGAAGAAUACAUUCAAUAAAAAAAUCCAGAGUGAUAAGAAGUAUCAAAACUUUUUGGGGACAGGCGGAUUUUUUGUACAUUUUUAUUGGAAUCUAAUGCAAAACAAGCUACCCAAAUUCAUUGAAUAAAGUGCACUGUGGUCAUUUUUUGGCUUCUA